AUGAUGGGACCUGUUGGCCUGAAAGGGCCCAAUCUUACCGCGGCGUUUGCUCGUCAGCGGAUGACCGCCAUGUCCCGGUCCACUCGAUCUAUCUCGACCUUCCGGUCUCAAUCGCUUCGCUUCCCUAUCAACCGGGGACAAUUAAAGUCGGCCCUGUCCGGAAAUGCUCCCUGGCACAUGGCACCAGCCGCUAUCGGCCCGGCCGCAGUUCGUUUCAACUCUACGUCCUCGAACCAAACACCCACCGAAAUCGCCGAUAAGGCCACAAAUUCCGAAUGGUCAAACACAUCCGAACUAUUUGAUAUCACAACUAUCCCUGAGCGCAUUGGAUAUCUCAAGGAGCUUGGACUGGAUUACGGCUGGGGCCCUUCGUCCAUGAUUGAAUGGCUGAUCGAACACACGCAUAUUUGGACAGGCUUGCCCUGGUGGGCUAGUAUCGUGGCUGCUGGUCUGAUCACACGUAUUGCUCUGCUGAAGCCAGUUAUGGAUGCCGCUAGCAUGGGAGCCAAGAUGAGGAACGUUAAGGAAGAGACAGACCCAAUUCGCACGAGAAUGGUAGAGGGAACUCGCAAUGGCAACCAACAAGAUGCCCAGCUGGCAAGGGCUGAGUUGGCUGAGAUUCACAAACGGGAGGGAAUUGUCGCCUGGAAGUCGUUCAUCCCCAUGCUGCAGAUCCCGCUGGGUUUUGGUACUUUCCGUGUCGUGCGAGGAAUGACUGAGUUGCCUGUACCCGCUGUGGCCUCUGAAUCCGUUGCCUGGAUUAAUGAUCUUACCAUUGCCGAUCCGACAUUUUUGCUGCCGGCCAUGUCUGCCGCUAUGCUGAUGGCUGUCCUUAGGAAAGGUGGAGAGGCUGGCACAAUGCCUGUCUUGAACUCAGGUGCAGGAAAGGCCCUUAUCUACGGUCUUCCUACCGUUUCUUUUGUCUUCAUGGCAUUCAUGCCUUCCGCCUUGCAGCUUUACUUCGUCGCAACCGGUGCUUUUGGUCUUGGCCAAACGUACCUAAUUAAUUCGGACAAGUUCCGCGAAUGGAUGAAUAUGACCAUGAUCAAAAAAACCGACGCUGGUAUGCAGCACCUCUCCAGCCUCACCAAGAGCACUCACAGCAAGGGCCUUCGUCUCCUAAUGGAACGGGUUGAGGCGGAAAAAGCCAAGCGUGAAAAGAUGACCGCCAAAGGCCUGCGAAUGCCCGAGAAUGAUGAUGGUGACAGAGCCCCGGGAAAGGUCUCUCUCGUUGACCGCUUCAUGGCCAAUGCCAAGGAAGCUGGUAUGGAUGUGAAGAAGGAAAUCCAGGAGAAACUGAACACCGGUCCUACAAAGCAGAUUGGCCGCCUCUCUGCCGAAGAGCAGAAACGGGCGACGGAGUAUGAGUCCCAGCGACGCGCUGAGGAGGACGCUAUCCGCGAGGAGCGUAACCAGGCUCGCCGAAGGGAGCAUAUGUCAAGACUCCGGGAUGAGAUGACGAAGGCUAAGGACUCAAAGCGCAACUAA